UUGAGGUCACGCCGGCCAUUUCUGGCUUACUAGACUUGUUUAACCAUAUAGUCGGAUAGUCAGUCCUUGCUACGGAGAAACGGUCCGGAUGGGAUUUGAACUCGGUCCUGCCGAGUUGUAUGGUAUAUUUGCCUUAAUUUGCCGUUUUAUGUUAUCCACGAAGUCUUAAUGUAACUGCUGUAAGUGAUGGUUGAAGACCGUCGUUUAUAGGUCAUGAUAGGGUCGGAUAUCGGUUUUUGGCUAACUGGGUGUAUGGGUGUCUUUUCAUCACUGCAAACGGUACUGAAACAAGUAUCGAUGAGUUUUUGUUUCAUGUCUCCACGCAAAAACUUGUUACAGAAACAUCCCAAACACUCAAUUUUUUUUUCUCCAACAGAGUAAUACAUCAUCUAAAAAUGCCACUUAUUUUGGCUUUAAUUAUUUGCAUAUUCAUGAAGAAAAAAAUUCUACACCUAUACAUAGAAGUUUGAUUAUAAUAGCACAAUAAUAAACUAUUCGUCGGUUGACAAUCAUUUGUUCCUCAUCCUCACGAUUACUCAUAAUGAUGAUGGCGUAUACGAAAAGUACCGCUAUACGCACACACAAUGAAACGUCCUUGACAGAUCAUUAUGCAGAUCGGAACAGCUGGACAAGUCCCUGGUAUCGGCAAAGUGUGUAACUAUCUUACUAAUUUCGAAGCGAACAACACAAGUGGCACAACAAAUUAGCAACCCAAAUCGACAACAAUGAGCCACAAUCUGUGGGACGAAACAUUUCCCGUCAGCUUGCUGAUCGAGUUCGACGAGCUGGACGAUGAGAUUCCCAUCAGUCCGGAACUUCCAAAACGUCAUCCACCGGAAAGCUUCUUGCGGGAUCGAACAACGCUAUCCGGCGGUAAAGGUAUCGUAACUGAUAAGAUCAACGACGAUCGUAACGGAUCGCACAUGGUGAUAUCGGGUUCGUCGAACACGUCCAGCGGUCAUUCAUCACUGUCGACCGAAGGGGAAAACCGAAGUGCCUCGAGUGAUCGCGAUACAAGCCGCGAUUUAAGCAAAAGACAGUCGAUAGACGUCGGUCCCGGGGCGUUGCUGCUGCUUGGCGAUCAGCGGACAGACAAAUCGAUGCUGAAGGUGCGAAAAAUUCGCCGCUCGAUGGAGAGUUUGCUCCAGAACCAGGGAGCGGUGGGACGUAUAAAGACGGCAUCUCCUUUGCACAGUGGAACCGGUCUUACGAUGGGUGGCAAAGGAUUGGGAGGCGGAAGUGCUGGUAGUGUUAGUGUGGGCAGUAUUGGUGCUACCACACAGCAGCAGCAUCAGCACUAUCAUCGUCACCGAUCGAAGUACGCGCACGUACAGAGCAAGGUUAAGCAGAUGAUCGAUGAAAUGAAACCACCAACCAACCGGGAUCGGAAGACGCUCGUGCGCCACAAAUCGAUGCCGGAAACGUCGCAAACCGUCGAAUUGAAAGAUGAGGAGGAUGAAACACUCGAGCAGGAAAAUGAUGUUGAAGUUCUACGGUCAGUUGUGCGCGAGAUGCGACUACACAUGGGCAGCCUGGAACAGCAGCAUAGCGUCUACCGUACGGACUUGUUCAACGAGCUGGCUACACUGAAAUGCAAGAACAGUGCACUGCGCAUGGAGAACGAUCAUCUGCUCGAGCAGGAGCGUGCUCGCGAGCAGCGCCGGCAGCUGCUACGUGAACAGCAAACGGCCGGCUCCUGCUACGGUAGCCAGUCAUCGCUCUGUAAGGCAUCCGUCGGUAGUACCUGCACGGUUGGCACCCAAACCAGUCCAACCCUAGCGGAUGAUCAUGAGUCACAGUUUGAGUUUUUGCUCGCUAGUCCACCGCCACAAACGUGCUCCUCGACAAUCAAACCCGUAGUGGUGGGGGGGUGCGAGUUUUCACCCGACUACGAGCAGCUACUGCCAAUGCUUGAUCGCGACAGCGGUGGAUCGUCCGCGUUUGGGGCUGAAAUCCGCCAUCGAGAUAUACGACGUACACCGUCCAUCCGUUCACCGACCGGUCGGCGGUCCGAGUCGGCUCAGGCACAGGACUUCGCAACUAGCCCAACGUGUCACGACUGCCGGCGAAGGAAAAAGAAGCGCAAAUCGCGUAAGCAAAAGCUCGCCAGCUUGUUUUGCAUCCGGCAUCAUGAUGAGUCGCUGUAGGGAAUGAUUGUCCUUGGAAUUUUCGUUUCUGCUUCCCCUUCCUCAACCAAUCCUUUUU